CAUCACUGAUGGGCACUGAAAGGCAGCACUGAUACAUGGCACUGAUAGGCGGCACUGACUGGCACUAAUAGGUGGCACUGAUAGGUGGCACUGACUGGCACUGAUGGGUGACACUGAAAGGCAGCUCAGAUGGGCACUGAUAUGUGGCAUUGAUGUGGCACUGAUGGACACUGACAGCUGGCACUGCUGGGGCUACACUGAUCCUCAGGGCACACUGAUCAUCAGUGCCUUGAUGAUCAGUCUGUCAGCGUGACAGCUCGAGAGGAGAGAAAUGCCGAUAACCGGCAUU